AAAACUUAACUCUCAUAAAUUUAACUUUGCUGACAAGCGAAAAUGCUGACUUUGCUCUUUGCCUGUUUGGGUCUCCUUCUUCUCUUCACUCUUCUCUUCAAAUUCGUCACUUCCGAUGGUGAUUUCACGUUGGUUUCAAAGAGACACGUAAAACAAGAAGAAAUUGAAGACAAGGUUGUUUGGAUUACUGGGGCCAGCCGUGGAAUCGGUGAGGAACUUGUUAAACAAUUGGCAAAAUUAGGUGCCAAACUCAUUCUUUCAGCACGGAAUGAAGCUGAGUUGGAGCGAGUUAGGAAGCAGCUUACAGGUAAGUAUGCACCUAACGAAGUGGAGAUUUUACCUUUGGAUUUGGCAUCUGGUGAAGAUUCACUCAGGGUGGCUGUAGAAAAAGCAGAGUCCUUUUUUUCUGGUGCUGGUGUUGAUUAUAUGAUCCACAAUGCAGCUUAUGAACGCCCUAAAUCAACAGCUUUGGAAGUCUCUGAAGAAAGCCUCAAGGCUACAUUCAAUGUCAAUGUUUUGGGGACAAUAUCUCUGACACGGCUACUGGCACCCUUUAUGCUGAAGCGGGGAAAGGGUCAUUUUGUUGUGAUGAGCAGUGCUGCAGGAAAGACACCUGCACCAGGUCAGGCUGUGUACUCUGCUUCUAAACAUGCUCUGAAUGGGUACUUUCACACAUUGCGUUCUGAGCUCUGUCAGAAAGGGAUUAAGGUGACCGUUGUUUGCCCUGGGCCAAUAGAGACAUCAAAUGGUUCUGGAGCACCAGCCUCAGGAAAGAUGAGUGUUUCUGAGAAGCGUGUGUCAACGGAAAGGUGCGUAGAACUGACACUCAUUGCUGCCACCCACAGUCUAAAAGAAGCUUGGAUAUCAUACCAGCCUGUGCUAGCUGUAAUGUAUCUGGUGCAGUACAUGCCUACCAUCGGCUACUGGCUCAUGGACAAGGUUGGUGCCAAGCGAGUAGAAGCCGCCACACAGAAAGGCAACACUUACUCAUUGAGCUUACUGUUUGGGAAGAAAAAUAAGGCAGCCUGAGCACCUUUAAACUAAAACAACUGUCCUCUCUUACAACACGUUCCUGUACAAUGCUCAAGGCUCUAUGAGGAGAAGCCGAGAGCCCAAAUAAUCAUAUACUUAAGAAUGUGUCGUGUAUCUACACGUCUUGACCUUAAUUUGUGAAGUUUUUCGAACAUGGUUACUGUCAUAGAAUGCAAAUGUAUUUGUAGCUUCUGUUGUAUUUUAAUUAUACUUCUGAUACAAAUGUUUGUGUUUGUAUUCUUUUAUGAAUGCAUCAAAUAAAUGAGAUUUCUAUUUGACUUUGUA